CCUGUGUUUCCCGCGCACGCCAUCUCCCUCUCACCUGCUGAGUUGGGUUCGCUGGGCUUCCGUCCUUACCGUCUCUCUCGCUCCCCUCUUCUUCCUCCCUGUCCACCUCGUCCUCUCUGCCUGUGCCGGAGGGGGAUCGUCUUGCCUGUCGGCCGAUCUAUCCAUCGCUUGCUGCUGCUGAGCGAUCGGGCUCCCGUUUGUGAAGACGACGAAGAGGAGGGGGAAGCUGAAGCCGAACCGGCGAUGGCGUUGCACAGGGAAUUUCACGGGCCGGACUUCUCUAGCGAGAAAGAGAAAUGCCGAGAUUUCCUCUUGAGGUUUGCGAGUGACAAGGGAGCGGGUCGAGCGAAGUACAUGGACAUUCUUCAUCAGAUCUCGAAUCGCGCCAGUCGACGGGUGGAUAUCGAGCUCAAUGACGUGGAAGCAUUUGAGAACGGCGACAUGUUGGUGGCCAGCAUUUGCUCCAACGCCCGUCGAUACAUUUCUAUUUUCUCGGAGGCGAUCGACGAGAUAAUGCCAGAACCAACGGAGUUGCAAACGACGGAGGACGUGUUCGACGUGCUGAUGCGGCAGCGGAUGGAGGAGAAUGGCGGCAUGGAUGGCACACGCGGCAGCGGAGAGAAUCCAGCUGGCGGCGGGGCCGAUGGUUCGGCGAACCGGGACUCCGCGCAGCAGUUGCCGCCAUCCCUGCGCCGCCGGUACGAGGUGCGCAUCAAGCCUUUGACUUCCGCAAAGCCGCGAUCGCUGAGGGAAGUGAAGGCGGCCGAUAUUGGACACCUGGUGUGCAUCAAGGGUAUCGUGACGAGAGUGACGGAUGUGAAGCCGUUGAUGUCGGUCGCGACGUACACGUGCGACAUCUGCGGCUUCGAGAUCUACCAAGAGGUUACUGGUCGGACGUUCAUGCCGUUGGUAGAGUGUCCGAGCGCGCGGUGCAAGAUGAACAACAUGAAGGGGCAGCUGCAUCUACAGACACGAGGGUCUAAGUUCAUCAAGUUUCAAGAGGCGAAGAUUCAGGAAAUGGCGGAUCAAGUGCCGAAGGGGAACAUUCCAAGAUCGAUGACAGUGCACCUGAACGGUGAGUUAACGAGGCUGAUCUCUCCAGGCGAUGUAGUGGCACUGGGGGGGAUAUUUCUUCCUGCCCCCCAGGCGGGGUUUCGAGCAAUGAGGGCGGGGUUGGUGGCCGACACGUACCUCGAAACGAUGUCGAUCACGCAGUACAAGAAGAGAUAUGAGGAGUACGAGCACCAUCCGGAGGCGAGGGAGGAGGUGGAUAGGAUCGCAAGAGGGGGGGAGGUGUACAAUCGGCUCUCUAGGUCCAUAGCGCCCGAGAUCUACGGGCACGAUGACGUGAAGAAGGCGCUGUUGUUGUUGCUUGUCGGCGCGCCGUCAAGGCAGUUGAAAGAUGGGAUGAAAAUUCGUGGAGAUCUCCAUGUCUGCUUGAUGGGCGAUCCUGGAGUGGCGAAGAGUCAGCUGCUGAAGCACAUAGUCAUGGUGGCACCUCGAGGGGUGUAUACGACCGGUCGGGGGAGCAGCGGGGUCGGUCUGACGGCGGCGGUCCACCGCGACAGCGUCACGAGCGAGAUGGUUCUCGAAGGCGGCGCCCUCGUCCUCGCCGAUAUGGGGAUCUGUGCCAUCGACGAGUUCGACAAGAUGGAGGAGAGCGAUCGGACGGCUAUCCAUGAAGUGAUGGAGCAACAGACGGUGUCGAUCGCCAAGGCGGGAAUUACCACCAGUCUGAACGCGCGAACUGCAGUGCUUGCGGCGGCUAAUCCGGCCUGGGGGAGGUACGACAUGAGGAGGACGCCCGCGGAGAACAUCAACUUGCCCCCCGCGCUUCUGUCCAGGUUCGAUCUCAUGUGGCUGAUUCUGGACCAAGGGGACGAAGAUCAGGACCAGGCCAUGGCCAGGCACAUUCUGCACGUGCACCAGCACUGCGAGGCCCCGGCUCUUCAGUUCCAGCCCAUCGAACCGAACAUCCUGAGGGCUUACUUGGCGGAGGCGCGCAGGUUUAACCCCUACAUUCCCCGCGAGCUGACAGAAUACAUAGCGAGUGCCUACGCUACCCUGCGGCAGGAAGAAGCGCAGAGCGAAGUGCCGCAUUCGUACACGACGGCGAGAACUCUUCUAAGCAUCAUGCGGCUCUCCGAGGCUCUUGCCCGACUACGGUUUUCGACCACCGUUGAUCAGGCGGAUGUGGACGAAGCUCUCAGAUUGAUGCACAUGUCGAAAUUCUCUCUCUACGCAGACGAGCGGAAGAGGAGUGGCCUGGAUGCCAUAUCCGACAUCUAUGCUACCAUAAGGGACGAAGCUGCUCGACGGGACACGUUGGACGUGACUUAUGCCGACGCGCUCAACUGGAUUGCACGGAAAGGGCUCAAAGAAGCUCAACUCAAGGAAUGCUUGGAAGAGUACGCGUCCUUGAAUGUCUGGCAGAUUAACCCGACGACGCUGGAUAUCCAUUUCAUAGACAAUUAGUAGUAAUUUAUGUGCGCAUCGGAGGUCAGCAGGAUCUUCAUCACUUAAACCAAUCAAGUAGGAACCGUCCCGAUCAAUCGUUCGAUCAACUGCCAUUCGAACCAUUCGUAUCGCUGACACGCAAGCAAUGAACCAAUCAACCAAUAAUCAAUCAACUAAUCAACCAAUAAUCAAUCACCUAACCAAUAAAAUCCCAUCGGGGUAGAAAACUAAUUGAUCAAUCCAGCCGAGUCAAUCGAUCGAGCAAUCAAUCAAUCAACCAAUCAAUCGAUCAACCAAUCAAUUAAUCAACCCGUA